AUGGCAACUAUCGCCGUGCUCUGUGUCUUCCUCCUGCUGUACUUCCCCGAGCACGGGGAAUGUCGGGACGGCGUGCCCGCCAAGCGGCAGUGGGUGGGUGCGUCAUGGGAGAACACCUAUGACGGAGAUUUGACCUUCACGUGCCCGGGAGAGAACCAGGCUAUUUCGGGUUUAUACAGCCAACACAACAAUGCCUUUGAGGACAGGCAGUUCAUGUUUGAAUGCAGUGACCUUCCAGGCAACACACAAGGCUCCACUUGGAACUCCAACUACCAGAACGACUACGACAUGGAGCUCAACUUCCUCUGCCCGUUUAACAGCGUCAUGAUAGGGAUGCAGAGUCACCACAACAACGACAAAGAAGACAGGCGGUGGAGCUUCACGUGCAUGCAGGUAAGCAUCGGCAUGAUAUAUACAUAA